AUGAAUCUCAACUACACGUCUCCUGUCCCACAAAUGCCAACACAACGGUCUACGUCGUUCUUUAUUGAAGAUAUUUUGUUGCAUAAACCAAAGCCCUUACGCGAGGUUUUCCACUCGCCCUUUCCCAGCUCGUUCACGUCUCGGAUGCCUCUUCUGGAUUAUGGAUACCCUCUGAUGCCAACACCAAUUCUGGCUCCCCAUCCGCAUCACCCCCUUCACAAGCCUGAGAAUCAUCCAUACUUUUUCACAUCAGGUAUGCAAAUGCCUGCCCUCUUUCAGCACCAUCCAGAGUUACCAGGAAAACACUGCAGACGCAGGAAAGCCCGAACCGUAUUCUCUGAUUCCCAGUUAUCUGGACUGGAGAAAAGGUUUGAGAUACAGCGGUAUCUAUCCACGCCCGAACGCGUAGAGUUAGCCACAGCUCUCAGCCUCUCGGAGACGCAGGUAAAAACGUGGUUUCAAAACAGAAGAAUGAAGCACAAAAAACAACUGAGGAAAACCCAAGACGACCAGAAAAACCCUAGCGAAUUAGACAGAUCCGUGGAAAACUCUUGUGAAAGCGAAAUUAACGAAAAGUGCCCUGAUGAUAUUAAGCAAAAGCAUGGGCUGAGUCCGAACACAUACAUACUGGACGAAAACGAGGACGACGUUGAUAUUGAAGAUGACGUGUGCUCACCUGAACAUCUACUAUAG